GAAACUACAGAGGAGGUGUGGAAGUGUUUAAGGAGUGAAAAGUUUCCCACCGUGUGUGCAGAGUUUGUGUUUGGGUGCAGACAUGUCGGGAAGCAGAAUGAUGAGAGCCAUCAGGGUCAGUGAGUUCGGAGCCCCGUCGGUCCUCAAACUGUCCGAUGUGAGCGUCCCUCAGCCCGGACAGAGACAGGUGUUGAUCCGUGUUCACGCCUGUGGAGUGAAUCCUGUGGAAACCUACAUCCGGGCCGGGACAUACGCCCGGAAACCCGCCCUGCCGUACACACCAGGAGGUGAUGCAGCCGGAGUGGUGGAGACCGUUGGAGAAGGUGUCACUGCAGUGAAGAAAGGUGAUCGUGUUUUCACCACGGCCACUGAGUCUGGAGGUUAUGCAGAAUACACAGUCGCACCUGAGGACUGCGUUCACAAGCUGCCCGAUGCUUUAGACUUCGCUCAGGGAGCAGCCAUUGGGAUCCCGUAUUUCACCGCCUACAGAGCUCUGGUUCACAAAACUCAUUCCAAAGCCGGAGAAACCGUCCUCAUCCACGGAGCCAGUGGAGGGGUUGGAGUUGCAGCCUGCCAGCUUGCUCGCUCUAUGGGCCUCAAAGUUCUGGGAACAGCAGGGACUUCGGACGGGAUGAAGCUGGUUCUCAACAAUGGAGCUCAUCUGGCUUUCAAUCACAGAGAAGAAGGAUACACAGAUAAAAUCAUGGCAGCCACAGAGGGCAAAGGUGUGGAUGUGGUAGUGGAGAUGCUGGCUAAUGUCAACCUCAGCAAAGACCUGGAGAUGUUGGCCCUAGGAGGACGAGUUGCGAUCGUUGGCUCCAGAGGUCCUGUCGAGAUCAAUCCCAGAGACACAAUGAUCAAAGAGAGCUCCGUCAUGGGAGUGGCCCUCUUCUUCGCUAAACCGGAGGAGACCAAGCAGUGUGCAGCGGAGCUCUUUAAAGGGGUGGAGGCCGGUUGGCUGCGUCCAGUCGUUGGUCCUAAGUAUCCGCUGGAAAAGGCCGCUCAGGCCCACAAAGACAUCAUCGAGUCCUCCGGGGCUUCUGGGAAGAUCGUCCUGACCAUGUGAUGACGCCACCAUGCCACAGGUCAAAGGUCACAGAGAGGCUGUUUCCAGAAGGGAGAGUCUUGAGCAGCAACAAAACUCAUUAAUGUGGUUACACUCAGGUGUAAAAGUCUUAAUUAAAAUCACAUUCGCAUGUUACUGCAGAAAAGUAAAGUUGCACUUGCACACAAUCCUAUGUGCUAAUGUAAGAGUCAUCCCAUUUCAAAUCAUCACAUGUUUUGAAUAAUUUCUGUUCGACCAUGAUUGAUUUGCUUGAAUUUUCCAUCGCAUAAAAUAUGGAUAUUUGUAAGAUAUUUGUGAAAUUAUAGCUUGAUAUAUCAAAUACUUUCCGAGAUGAUAUUUUUUUUUAUAAAAGUUGCCUGGUGGCCCGCUUUCAGUGGGUUUUUUGCAGAUUGAAUUUUGUAUAAAUAACAAUAUCUCAGGAACUAUUAAAGAUAAAAGCCUGAAAUUUUCUUUUUUCUUUUUUUUUGAAAUUAAUUUUAAAAAUUUGAAUCAUACUACCAUUGAUUCAGAUGCUGUGAUAUUGGACAAGUAGAUGAAAUAGUCUCUUAUUAUGAGUGAGUUGAAACAAAAAAAAAACUGAAGCCGUCAUAAGAGUCCCAUCUUUGAGCACAUAUUAAAAAUAUUGAUCAUGCAGAAGUCCACUGGUUUUAUUUUCGGAGCCGUAUGUAGUUGCAUGUCACAAUUAUGCAAAACAAAACAUAUGGAAUACUUUUAAAUUUUAAAUAAUACUUGAUCACAAAAAUGCCAAAUUAUUUACGUUGUACUUUUUUAAUUGAUUGAGCAGCUACAACACGGUGUACCACAGAAGUAACAGCAUUGCUAGAUAGUCUUGUCCAAGUUUCAAAAUGGUUCUCCAAAUAUGACUAAUUAAUUAAUCAUCAAAGAUUAUUUGGUCUACUUCUAUAAUGACGAUUUCAGUCUUCAGGCUUUCAUCUUUAAUAGUUCCUGCGAAAUCUCCACACAGAAUAUGCUGAAUGGGUUUAGUUAGCAUUUAGCGAUUACAGUGUGGACUGUGUGGAACAGUAGAGGACUGUUAGCCUCCAAACACACCUCCCUUAUCCGUGUGGUUUGACUCGUACAGAUGAGGGCAAGGUUCGAAUGAAAAUAUUAAAUAUUAACCACCAUCUUUUGGAAAUGUAAAUAAAGGUUUUGGGAGCUGAAAGCCAAACACACACCCGCUACAUUGAUACUUCUGCCAGCUGCCCACUAGCUAACGGUCAAGAGCAGGGUUAGCUAGCACGCAAUUCACAUUUUAUGUUCAGAGAGGUAAAAGCGUUUCAAUGUGAAAAUACUAAAUAAAAAAAUGUAAAAAAUAAUCAUGUUUAAAUGCAUUUAGCUUUUACAGGAUUAAUAACCAGCGAACACAAUGAUACAAGAUGGAAGUUGUACCUUUAAUUUCUCAUCCUUCUUAUUUCAUUCUGCACUGUUUUUCUGCACAUUGAUUCUAAUUUUAUGCCAAUUUUUGCCAAAAUAAUUUUUAGUUGCACUAGUUUUUCUAGUUUGUUUCUUUAACUGGAAGUGACAAAUUUAAGUUUAUAACUUGAGUUUUUGAAUGUAAACAAGAAUAAUGAAUUUAUAUGCUAAAAUUUCUGAAUAAAAACGUGUAUUCAGGCGAGUUAAGUGUGUCUUAGAAAAGUUUAGUAUCUCACCAUGAAUUUAGAUUCAUUCUGUAUUUACAGUUUUAUAGCAUCUACUGUUAUGCUUUGAAAUUUCUUUUCACUAUUUUUUUAAGCAAAAUAUAUGAAAGCAUUUGUAUGAGCUUUAAGUCAUGAAUAAAAAUUAAGUCAAUUUUAAAAGUA